AUGCUUUAUAGCAACUCUGAUUCCUUCACCGAGAACGAGAAGGGAGUCUUAUAUUACGAACAAGCGCUAAAGCAGGAGUGGGAUCUCUUCUUGGCAAAGCACAAGAUACCUGCCGCAUCUAUUUUUUUCAACAAAACCCCUUUUGCAACCCCGCAGGAUACAAGACAUUUCUCCUCUCCAAAAGGAUCUGGGUUUCUAGUAAUAAGAAGAGUAGAAGAACCACAGCGUGCUGCUGACGCUGCUGCAUCACAACCGACACCUAUUACUGUUGCAUCAGCAAAAGGUGGACGGGCCGUACGCACUUUGUGCCCUAGUUUAUCUCUUCGUUGUUACGGGAGACAGGCUGAGACUAAUGAGAGUCCCUUCACAAGCCAGAUAGCUCUUCACAAGCUAAGAAUACAUAGGAUGCAAAUUAAGCUUUUCAGGUUCAGUGUGGCCCCCAACUCCCAAAACUCUCGGUUCAUCAAACCGGCCGAUUCAUCUAAAAGAGAACCUAGGUUGGCAAGGUACAUGUACGACUGUCUAAGAUUAGUAGCAAAGGCAGUUCUUCCAUCAGAGCACGUACCAGUCAUUCUCCCAAUCCCAGAUCUUGAUUGGGCGAUUGAGAUCAAAAAAGUUCUACCCAGAUACGUUAUAUCAUCCAUCCAACCGUCAUCAGCCGGGUGCUUAGCAGGAGCAAGAAUAGCAUCGGCCCAAGCUUCCGCGGAUUCCUUGAGUUCUUUCUUCUAUCGGUUCGUCUCAUUACUUCCUUAUUUAGUGGAUUCUGAUGGCAAGGAUGCUAAGUUAGCAUUGGCUGGCAGAGGAAAAUCCAAGUGGGAAUAG